UGGAAGUAACUUCAUAGCAUGAGUGGUCCGGUCUUUGUCCCCUGAUACUUAUCAUAUUAAGAAAACAAUUUCCAGAUACAUUUGCCAGUGGUCCAACUGAAUGAUAUACUACCAGCCCCAAGUCUCCUAGAUUCUGCAGGUGUGUGAUGAGAUGCACAACCUUCAAAACAGCCCAAGUGUAAGAAUUUCCUGUUCAAACGUUUAGUGACACAUUAAUGAGAAAUCUGCUUCUUGCACUCAUGUCUCACUCUGAGCUUUCACGGGUCAGUCUGUGAAGACCACAGACAUUGUUUGUUUACUAGAGUGAGCUGGUCUCCCGCUAAAGGAUGCAGGACUUCCUGGCCUUCAGAAGCACACAUGUGGUAGAGCACAGUCUCGGCCACCACUCAGCUGCAGAGAUGAGUGACCAAAGAGUAACCUACGCAGAACUGAAUCUGGCUAAGGAUGCAAAGAGACAGCACAUGAAACCUAAGGGCACUAAAGGCUCCAUUCCAGGAACUGAGCAGGAACUGACCUAUGCAGAAUUAAAUCUUCAAAAUGCUUCUCAGGAUCUUGGAGGGAGUGACAAGAGUAACCACUGCAAAGCAUCCCCAUCACCUCCAGAGAAGCUCAUUGCUGGGAUCCUAGGAGUUACUUGCCUUGUCCUGAUGUGCACUGUGGUAACAAAAGCUGUUAAUCAAUUGAGUGAGACAGGGAGCCAGACAGGGAACCAGACAACCGGCAACCAGAAAGCAUAUCAUUGUGGUCCAUGUCCACCAGAGUGGUUAAUAUAUUCCAACAACUGCUAUUACAUCAGCACUGAACAAAAGACAUGGAAUGAGAGUUUGAUGGCCUGUGCUGCUAAGAGCUCUAACCUGCUCUAUAUAGAGAAUGAAGAAGAAGUGACUUUUGAAAAGUUUAUUAAUAUCCACAACAUCAGCUUCCACUUGCCUAAGAGAAGACUCAUGAAUGAGGUGGAGGUCAUCCUCUGUAAUUCUCUCAUCUUGCACCUGACCUUGAGGAAUUUUUUGAAAAUUUUGAAAAUACAUCCAUGGACUGGACUGUCCCAGAGAAAUAAUACUAAAUCUUGGGUGUGGACAACUGGCACAACUCUCUCUUCUGAACUAUUUGCAAAAACUUCCAAGUUGAACAACAACUGUGUAUUUUGGGAUUCUGAGAUGCACAACUUCUCUUCUGAAUCCUGUCUAGAAAACAGAACAUAUAUUUGCAAGCACCAGUCACAUUAGCUGACCUAAAUUUGGUAUAAUGUUCCUCUCACCAUCCCUAAAGAACACAUUUCUAGUUUCUUCAAGAAUGCUGCAAUCGUUUCUGUAAAACUAAGUUUAAAGAAUUAUUUUGAAACCAGUUUUAGUUUCACCACAAAAAUUAAGGAAGGUACUGACAUUUCCCAUGAUCCCCUGCAUGCAGAGCAUCCCCAUUAUCAGCAUCGCUCAGCAGAUGGGACCUUGGUUACUGAGAGUGAGUCUGUGCUGACACAUCGUAGUCACUUAGAGUCUGCACUUUAUCUGACGCUUCAUCCUUGGUGUUAUAGAAUUGUUUUGAUAUGUAUAUUUAUGUUAAAAUUUAAAAAUGUACAUCCAGGUGCAUAUGAAGCAUUUCAAAAUCUUGUUAUUAAUUAAAAUAUAUCAAGUUUAAAGUAUGAAUUAUAAUAUCGAACACUGUUACUUCUAAGUCUAAAAUAACAUGGGUAAUUGUAGACACAUCUUCAAUAUAACUUUCCCCAGCCUUUGAAUGUUGAAAAUGAGGACUGAACAUAUUAGGAUAUCAAUGUGUGUAAGGCAGUUGAGUGAGAAGAGAGAAACCAGUGAUGAUUUAAAGAAUUCUCAAGUAUUUUAGGGGGAUAACCUGCAAAGCAGUAGAAAAAAAUUACAAAAUGUGCCAAAGGGUUAAUCAAGUAAGAUUACCAAAAGGAAGAAUCGCACAUGACCCAAGUGUAUCUCCUCAGGGAUAGGUUUCAGACUCAUGUCAGUACAGAAUACUCUACGGCAGACAGGUUCACUGAGCAGCUCUAGGAGAGAGCAGGUCCCAGUCUGCAGGCUGAUGUGGGUGAGGAUGGAUCUCACAGUGUGACUGGAAAGUAGGACGACCUCUCUGACACAGCGCCAGCGUCCCAGGGUAGAGAAGGGGAGCUAUGGCUGUGACUAGUCCCAUAACUUGCUGGAGGGUGAACACCACAAGAACUUCCUGCAUGCAGGCAGAUGUCAGCCACAGCACUGCAGCCAAGGAGAGAAAACAGCCUGAAACCAGGAAGAGGAGUCCUUUCUCCCAGUGCCCUCUCCUGAGAAAUGUCAAGCCAGCUGACUGGGGAGGAGGUUGUAGGAUCUGGUGCCAUUAUCUCAGAAAGUGCAGUGCGUAUAGCUUUGGAGCAGAGAGAACUAACUGUUACUAUGCAACAACCCCAAGGUUUCCAUAACAACAGCCAUGUGACUGUACUCCACUUGCUGGGACAACAGAACCAACACAAUAUCUUCUGAAUCUAUUUAGUGCGUCAUUAUCAAUGAUUGUAGCCAUUUUUUGGUAGAGACUAGUAGUUUCAUUGGGUAAUAAUUAGUGUUCUUUGAUAUCUCUUAUACAUGUUUUUUCCCCUCUACUAGAUUUUAGUUAUUUUUGAAGGUACCUUGUUUUAUUAAACUCUUUGUCUUUCCCCUUUGGCAUUCUGAAUUCCCAUGCUUAGAAACUUACACUGAUAGAAAAGAUACAAUGUUAAAAAUGAGAAUAUAAAAACUAAAAAGAUAACAUGUGCAUGUGAAUUAAACAUUAGUCAUUAAGAGAAUGUGGAAAGAAAUUUAUUAUUUGACACCACUGAGUGGUAGUUUUACUAUAAUUCAAUUAUAAACGGGAGAGGUCCUAUAUUUUUUUUAUCAUGUGCAAAAUGAAUUAAUAAUUUCUAUAUUCAUUUUUUAAAUAUAUCUUCUUUAUGUUCUCUGUAUUUAUUUAUGUUUAUAUAGAGCAAAUAUGUGACUAUUCAAACUUAAUUUCAUGUGAUAUGUGUAUUGAGUUAUAUCUAAUAGCUGAUAUUGUUUUAUAUACAACCCAGUUGUAUUGGCAUUUGCAAAUAAGCAUUAAUUUGCAAAAUUACUCAACUUUUCACUUACCCAUGUGUGGUGAGAUUGGCUUUCACGUGAUACAGGCUGAGCAUGUGUGGGCUUAGCUCCAGACCACAGAUUCGGUUCAGAUCUUAUUUAUAUUUUUUAUUCUCUGAACAGUGGGCUACCUGACAUGGGACCUUCUCAGAGCAGGGAUUAGCCACUCUUGACAGAACUAGCAGAAAUGUGCUACUUAAUGCCCGUGCUCUGAUCUCAUAAACUGUUACUUUCACAAACAUUAUACUAACCAAGCCAGACACGUGGCCAACCUUGUUAAUUUUCUGCAAAGUAUACUCUUCUCAUUGUGGUCAGAGAAAAGAAAUGUAGAUUCACUGAAAAAGAAUCUAAUCUACAAUAACAGCCAUAGAAACAGGUGCAGAAGGGAGGAGUGUCCCAGCAGUUGUGACCCUGUGGGGUUGUGGAAAUGUCAGAGGUCAGAGUAUGACGUAUCCACACGCACUG